GUUCAGUAUCGCAGGAGGUGUGGAUAAUCCACACAUUCCUGAUGAUCCAGGAAUCUUCAUCACCAAGAUUAUCCCAGGAGGUGCCGCUGCCAUGGAUGGGAGACUAGGGGUAAAUGAUUGUGUUCUGCGGGUGAAUGAUGUGGACGUGUCAGAGGUUGUGCAUAGCAAGGCAGUAGAGGCUUUGAAGGAGGCCGGCCCAGUGGUCAGGUUGCUGGUACGCAGAAGACAGGGUCCUCCUGAGACCAUUUUGGAGGUCAACCUACUCAAAGGGCCUAAAGGUCUUGGCUUCAGUAUUGCUGGAGGUAUAGGCAACCAGCAUAUCCCGGGUGACAACAGUAUCUACAUCACAAAGAUCAUCGAAGGUGGGGCGGCACAGAAAGAUGGACGUCUGCAGACAGGCGAUCGCCUACUGGCUGUGAAUAACAUUAUACUUCAGGAUGUGCGUCAUGAGGAGGCUGUGGCCGCCCUGAAGAACACUUCAGACAUGGUCUAUCUGAAAGUGGCCAAGCCGGGACCAGUACAUCUCAACGACAUGUACGCCCCACCAGACUACUCCAGCAGUCUCGGCCUCCCUCCAGCCUUCCCCACCAUGGUGGACAACCACGUCGGGCACAACUCCAGCAUGGCUUAUGUAGGAGGCAUGGAGCCUAAACCAGUGUACCCACCACCCCAGGUCACCCCCUCGAGGUACUCCCCAGUCCCGCGCCACAUGCUGGGGGAGGAGGACUUCACCAGGGCUGAGCCCAUUUACAGUGCCAUCCACAAACCUCAUGGGGACACCAGCCCUCCCUCCCCCCAUCUGUGCAGCAGGGGGUCUGGGGAGGUGGGCUGCAGCCCCACCCCACCUGCUCUGUGUCAAAGCCUGGUCCCGUACACCGGCAGGGAGCCGCGGAAGAUCCUGCUGCACAAGGGUUCCACAGGUUUGGGAUUCAACAUUGUGGGCGGUGAGGAUGGAGAGGGCAUCUUCGUGUCUUUCAUUUUGGCAGGUGGGCCAGCCGACCUGAGCGGAGAGCUGAGGAGAGGAGACCGCAUCCUGUCGGUGAAUGGUGUAAACCUGCGCAAUGCUACCCAUGAGCAGGCUGCUGCUGCACUGAAGAGGGCUGGACAGACGGUGACCAUCAUUGCCCAGUACAGACCAGAAGAAUACAGUCGUUUUGAGUCCAAGAUCCACGACUUGAGGGAGCAGAUGAUGAACAGCAGCAUGAGCUCUGGCUCCGGCUCCCUCCGCACCAGUGAGAAACGCUCCCUCUACGUCAGGGCUCUUUUUGACUACGACAGGACCAGGGACAGUUGCCUCCCUAGCCAGGGCCUGAGUUUCUCCUAUGGGGACAUCCUGCAUGUCAUCAAUGCCUCUGAUGAUGAGUGGUGGCAGGCACGGCUGGUUACACCCCAUGGGGAGAGUGAGCAAAUUGGGGUUAUACCAAGCAAGAAAAGGGUGGAAAAGAAAGAGCGUGCACGGUUAAAAACAGUCAAGUUCCAUGCAAGGACGGGCAUGAUUGAGUCCAACAGGCCAGUCAAAGUAAAGCGCAAAAAAAGCUUCAACCUAUCACGCAAGUUCCCGUUUUACAAGAGCAAGGAGAAUAUAGUGCAGGAGUUGGUGGAGACUGAACAAUGCUUGACGUCCAACACGAGUGACAGCGAAAGCAGCUCCAAGGGUCAAGAAGACACAAUUCUAUCAUAUGAGCCAGUAAUUCGACAGGAGAUCCAUUACACAAGGCCUGUAAUUAUCUUGGGUCCAAUGAAGGACAGAGUAAACGAUGACUUGAUCUCAGAGUUCCCUCACAAGUUUGGAUCCUGCGUUCCACAUACAACUCGUCCUCAGCGAGAGAAUGAGAUGGACGGGCAGGACUACCAUUUUGUGGCUUCAAGGGAGCAAAUGGAGAAGGACAUUCAGGACAACAAAUUUAUCGAGGCCGGCCAGUUCAAUGAGAAUCUGUACGGGACCAGCAUCCUGUCUGUUCGGGCAGUGGCUGAAAGGGGAAAACACUGUAUCCUGGACGUGUCUGGGAAUGCCAUAAAGCGACUGCAGCAAGCACAGCUCUAUCCAAUCGCCAUUUUCAUCAAGCCAAAAUCUGUGGAGGCCCUGAUGGAAAUGAAUAAGAGGCAGACAUAUGAGCAAGCUAAUAAAGUAUUUGAUAAGGCAGUGAAGCUCGAACAAGAGUUUGGAGAGUAUUUCACAGCCAUAGUCCAGGGUGACUCACUAGAUGAGAUCUUUAAUAAAAUCAAGCUGAUCAUCGAAGAGCAGUCAGGCCCUUACAUCUGGAUCCCGUCCGCAGAGAAGCUCUGAACUCGCCGCCUCCACGGAGCCCCCCACCUGACCCCCACUCCCACCUGACACCUUUCCUUCCCUUUCACUGAUAUGUUUCAUAUCAAGUUUUGGUGUCAUCAUUAUGUUACCCUCAAUUGAAAGAAGUCUUAUCACCAUUACUGUGACUGUACACACCCCUGCAUGAGUUUCUCAGCAAUUCCAUUCAAGAUUGGAAAUGCCAUUCCUAAAGAACUUUUUUGUCACGUAAAACAAAAAAGGGAAAUCUGAGCGAAUUAUUUUGUGCAUUUCGGAUGGACUUGAAGAUGAGAAUGUCUUAACGAAGCGAGAACGGGGAGCCGGGGAGUUGGAGAUGGUGGCACGAGCGGGAACCUUGUAUACGUUCAUUCGAUUUCAUGGAAAAAGACAUUUGAGGAUGCUGUGCAAGGUUUUCUAUGAGGACUAGAUACAGUUCAAGCCUGCUGAUGGUACCGUCACUGCUCGUGUUUAUAACGGAUAAACUUCAAAACUGAUUGUGAUCUUCAGUACUCAUAAACCAGCUCAAUUUAUUUGAUGGGCUGCCUGGCCGUUUGUAUGGCAACACGUUCAGAGGCAGAACAAAAUGGAGUUUGAGCCUAUACAUUUAUAUUACUGAAAUCACAUGGAAAAUAAAAAUCCUACGGAGAGAUUUUACUACACAAUACGAAAUUAUAUGGUACACAUUUUACACUUCACUAGAAUUGUCUAUUUGGAGGGCUGUUCGAUUUCAUUUCUUGUCUUUGGGUUUUGUGUUCUUCCUUUCUUGUGGUUUUAGCUGCUCUGUAUUAAAGAUGGGGGUAAAGAGGUGUAACUGGGCUCUCUGCAGACCACCAAACUGCCUUACUAUGAAUAAACGCUUAUGUAAAAUUCCUGUUGAUCGUGUGGGGGGGGGAACGACACAAUAUUCAGCCUAUCAGUGCUUAGAGGGAGACUCGAUUUUAGUUCUUAUUAUGAGUUUCCUGUCAUCCUAUUGGAGGCCUAAGUUGUGAGUGCAAUAGACUUCAGUGUCUUACCUCUGUGAAAUCCUUUUUUUGUCUUAAGCAAAAUCCAAUUUCGGCCGCCAUUGGAGUUGUUGAAAAGCAGACAGCCCACUUGCACUUCCUCUGCCUUCCAUGACUACAUUCUCUUCAGACUGAACGGUAACAAGGUACUGUCCUGUUAGCUGCCCAGGAGCGCAGCCUUAAAACGGGUAGAAUCAAGAUAAUAAUUGUAUUGGAUGUCCUUCUUGAUAUUAAAGCGUUAGUGGAGCCUGAAAUUGACCGUUUUCCCCAGAACUCGACGAUGGUUUGAUUAAAUUUGUUCUUUGUAAUGACAGCUUUUAAACGAUUUUUUUCUUCUACUUCUACUCCUUUAUUUCCGGACUGAUGUUUACUCCGCUGU